CUUACUCCCAUCUUCACGGCUCGCUGCUGCCUCACCGGGGGACAAUGUAUUAACGUGAAAAGUGUGCACUAAAUGUGUGUCGAAAGAACAAUCAAUUUAGACGGUUGAAAAACGUGUGCCCCUGUAUUACGUUCUUUACGGUAUCUCCCCUUUGAAACGGAAGUAUCUCUGACAACUUCCUUAGAAACGACUCGCUUGUAUUUACAACGCUUUAUGGCGGUCACAAUUUUUCCUGUAGCCUAGCCUCGGCUUAUGUUACUUACAAACGUAUUAAACGUGUGCGUCAGUCGGGAGAAAUUGUCCCAGCUAACUUUGGCUAAUAUGCUAUAUCGCUAACUGAGAACCUCAGCCUUCCUCAAUGUAAUGAGAUGAACUCCCUUCGACGGUUUCUUUUACUUGUCUUUAUAACCAUCGCCCUGUGUGCACUUUUGAUAAGCGCAGCCACAGAGUUCGGGAUAUCGUCUACCACCACAGAUACUCCAGCAAAUGUGGAGGCCAUAAACUCCACGACCCCUGCUCCGGGUGGCACAGAAGCAGGGGUCUCCACCAGCAUCGGUAGCACAAGCGAAUCGGCGGCUCCCACUGAGUCCCCGGAAGUCGCCACUUUCACGAUGCAGCCGCAGCUUGUGCAGCCCCAACGGGACUGCCUGUGUGACUUGACCCCUGACUUCUGUGACAUUGGCUGUUGCUGCGACACAGUAGACUGUGGUGUCACAAACUUGAGUACCGUCUUCACUGGAUGUCAACAGAAAGCUAGACCAGAAGUAUGCAUCGAAAAAUGGCUAAUUUUUAGGGGAAAUGUGGAAUCCUCUCUUCUCAGUGUGACCGACUCCUUGUUCUGUGUCCAAACACAGGAUAAAGCAGCCCCGUCUGUCCAGGAUGGCCUUGCUCCUUCUGCAUCCUUGGGUGAUUCAUACCAUUUCUCACCACCGACACCUCCAAGCAUCAGCCACACCAGACCAUUUUACAGGGUUGAUGAUGUCAUCCAGACCUUCAUGGUCUCCUCACGUGUGCGCGGUCUCCUUCGUCAGCCAGCUCCAGGUGCUGCGGCUUCGUUCUGUAUGGAUCGAAACCCUGCAAGGUUCUUGAGGUCUUUGUCUCAAUCCUGCAGCAGGAUUAUGACUCCCCAGGCCUGUACCACAGACCCAGCUUUCAGUGCCAGCACCUACUUCUCUGACUUGUAUCUGCUCAAGAUUCCAAUUGAUGGGUCAAAACAAGUGUCCGACUCUCUGAUCCCAGUUACACCACUGUCAGAGUGGCCUGAACCAGUUCAACAAAACAACUCCUGCGUUAACGCCGUAAAAAGUGUAGAGUUUAUCAUUGGGUACACGGGCAGGGGAGAACUCACAUUUGCAAAUGUGAACGUCGCAUUAGCUGAUGUGGAUUCCACAGGCCUGCUGCUGCAGACACACUCUGUGAAAUUUCAGAUGGACACAUCAAGGUCCACUCCAGAACCGGACCUUGCAUUCGGACUGAGGGUGGGAUCUCCGAUUAUUGGCCGCAUUGGAGGAAAAGUGGAAGCUUUGACCACACUGGGGUUGUCUCCAGGUGGGACGUGUUCCUCCGAGCGCGGCGGACGAGUGUCCAUCUCCUUCACACACAACAGCAUCACAGGCUGCACAAUCAGUUACCCAUCGAGCAACUGUUCAGAGCUGAGGUCCCAGGUUUAUGGAAUCCUGCAGGGACCUGGUGUCCCUGAGGAAAUCAGCAUGAACUUUGGCUCUCAGCCAUACUGGACCAGGGUCAUCGUCCAGGAGUGUCCUGUGAGCCCGCAGGAAACAUGGGAUUUUGGCUGCAUACUCCCCAAAUCCCUCUCCAUCCAAGUGCUUUGGGCUCGCCAGGGUCUAGUUGACCUUCCUCAGAACUACAUCCUUGGAGCCAAAUACAUUUUCAAGUGUGAAACUUUUAAGAGUGCGCUAUCGUCCCGUCUCAUUCUCACCACCCAUGUAACAUUCACGGACACUACAGUUUACCCCAUCUCCCCCAGAGGUUCACCUAAACCCGACUGGAAGUUUCCUUUCAGUUUCUUUUUGAGAGGCAUGGAUGAGCUGGACGGACACACCGUUUCCAGCGGCACGGAGAAGUUCGCUGGAUCUUUAAUGCUGCUCACAGUCAUGUUGUUAACAGGCUGGGAGAUCAUGACAAGGUAGCUGGACACGGGAUACAAAUAAAACCUUUAAGACUUUUAUUUAAAGAUAAGAGAAGAAAAAGAAAAAUCACAUUUUAAAUACAA